AUGAGUUUCUCAGGCAGCGUGUUGCAUCCACGGCUUUCUGCUGGUCUCUAUUUUUCAAGACAAGAGAAAGUUGUUGAUCCUUUUCUUCUCCAAAUUUAUUCAUUAAUCAGAUGGGUUACAACCGAUGGGAAUAGAACAAAUGGACCCACUUUGCUUGUCAGCGAUCGGAACAAGUAUAAGUCGAUGCUUAUCCGUACAUAUUCUACUGUGUGGAUGAUUGGCGGCUUUGCAUUCCUAGUUUAUAUGGGCCAUCUUUAUAUCUGGGCCAUGGUGGUUGUCAUUCAAAUAUUCAUGGCGACAGAGCUUUUCAACCUACUCAGAAAAUCCAGUGAAGAGAAGCAACUGCCAGGGUUCAGGCUCCUAAAUUGGCACUUCUUUUUCACGGCAAUGUUGUUUACAUAUGGACGCUUUCUUAGUCGGGAGCUUGUUAACACAGUAUCUUCAGAUCACUUGUUGUAUAAGCUCGUCAGCGGCCUAAUAAAGUAUCAGAUGUUUAUUUGCUAUUUUCUUUAUAUUUCAGGAUUUGUAUGGUUUAUUUUGACACUGAAGAAAAAGACAUACAAAUACCAGUUCAAACAGUAUGCCUGGACACACAUGAUUCUUUUAACGGUUUUUGCACAAUCUUCUUUCACGGUGGCAAAUAUAUUUGAAGGAAUGUUCUGGUUUCUUCUACCUGCUUCACUCAUUGUGAUCAAUGACAUUGCCGCCUAUUUAUUUGGGUUCUUUCUCGGGAGAACACCAUUGAUCAAGUUAUCUCCAAAGAAAACAUGGGAAGGCUUUAUUGGUGCAUCAGUGACAACCAUCAUCUCUGCUUUCCUGUUAGCAAAUGUAAUGGGUCGCUCCCAGUGGUUUACAUGCCCAAGAAAGGACCUGUCAACAGGGUGGCUUCAGUGUGAUCCUGGCCCUAUGUUUAAGCCAGAGCAUUAUUAUCUGGGAGAUUGGGCACCCCAUUGGUUUCCAUGGAAAGAAGUGUUCCUAAUGCCUGUGCAGUGGCAUGCUUUAGCCCUUGGUUUGUUUGCAUCGAUAAUUGCACCAUUCGGUGGAUUUUUCGCAAGUGGCUUCAAGAGGGCUUUUAAAAUAAAGGAUUUUGGUGACAGUAUACCUGGGCAUGGUGGAAUCACUGACCGAAUGGACUGUCAAAUGGUUAUGGCAGUUUUUGCGUACAUAUACCACCAAUCGUUCAUCUCGCCCCACAAUUUCUCUGUUGACGCAAUCUUGGAUCAGAUCUUAAGAAACCUGACGUACGAGGAGCAGAGAAACUUGUAUGAGCAACUUGGGGAGAUGUUGGGCAACUUAUGCAAAGCUGAUAAACUCGCUGCUUGCUUAUGA